CCCGAGGGCUCGUUCGGUUCUAAAUCCUAGCUAGUUCUCGAAUCCAUUCCGUAUAGAGGAUAAGAAAAAUUAUUGUUAAGAAAAAGAAACAUGACGGACAACAAGGCAUUUACGCCGGAUACGGCCGUCGCUGAGCCGAAUACGGCACGAUCUUCGAAUGCCAGCUCAAAGCAAGCAGCCUUGCCGCCUUCCUACAGCAGUACGGUCGACAGUCUAAAGGACUUCAACUCCAAAGCCAACUUGACGGAGAAGGAUCAGCUGGAGGAGGGCGACUACAGCCCGUUCGAUCAUCGCGAUCCAAAUGGCGCCAGCUCUGGCGGCGCGUUGGCCCAUCUCCUCAAGAGCUCACUGGGCACUGGCAUCCUGGCCAUGCCCAUGGCCUUUCACAAUGCCGGUUUACUCUUUGGCGGCAUCAUGACACUCGUCGUCGGCUUUCUCUGCACGCACUGUGUGCAUAUUCUGGUAGCAACUUCUCACCAGAUUUGUCGCGAUGCCAAGGUUCCGGCUCUGGGCUUUGCAGAGACUGCUGAAAAGGUCUUCGAAUAUGGACCUAAAGCUCUAAGACCCUAUUCCAAUUUUGCCAAGCAAUUUGUGGAUAUUGGCCUGAUGGCCACCUAUUAUGCCGCCGCCUGUGUGUACAUGGUCUUCAUAGCGACCUCGUUUCAUGAUGUCAUCAACUAUGAUGUGGGCCUCAAGUGGGAUGUGCGCAUCUACAUAGCCAUGACGGUGAUACCCUGCCUGCUGAUUGGCCAGAUCCGAAACCUGAAGUGGCUGGUGCCUUUCUCCCUGAUGGCGAACGUGUUCAUUGUUGUCACCUUUGUCAUUACACUAUACUACAUGUUCGACCAGGAGCUCGACUUCAGUGAUAAGCCGCUGAUUGCGCCAGCUGCCCAUAUUCCCCUCUUCUUUGCCACUGUCAUCUUUGCCAUGGAGGGCAUCGGCGUCGUCAUGCCCGUGGAGAACUCGAUGAGAAAGCCACAGCAGUUCCUGGGCUGUCCCGGCGUGCUCAACACGGCCAUGAUUACGGUUGUGGUGCUGUACGCCGUCAUUGGCUUCUUCGGCUAUGUCAGAUUUGGUGACGAGGUGCGAGGCAGCAUCACGCUGAAUCUGCCCGAUGGAAGCUGGCUGGGUGACACGGCCAAGCUGCUGAUGGCCGUGGCUAUACUCUUCACCUAUGGCCUCCAGUUCUACGUGCCCAAUGAAGUCCUCUGGCGCAAGAUCCAGCACAAGUUCCGACCGGAGAAGCACAACAUGACGCAAAUUCUGCUGCGCACGGGCAUCAUCCUGGUCAGCGGAGGCAUUGCAGCGGGCAUUCCCAAUCUGGAGCCAUUCAUCAGUCUCGUGGGCGCCGUCUUCUUUUCGCUCCUGGGCAUCUUUGUGCCCAGCUUCGUGGAGACCGUGUACCUGUGGCCCGAUCGUCUGGGCUGUUGCAAAUGGAAGCUAAUCAAGAACGUAUUGUUGGGAGUUUUCUCGCUCCUGGCGCUUGUGGCUGGCGCAGCAGCCUCUAUCGAUGAGAUAAUCAAUCCCAAGCAGGAGUAGUGGCAUGCGCUGUCCCAGCACCUGAUUAGUAUUAAAGAGAUGCAGGUGCAUCCACUGACGGGCGAGAUACACACACACCAAGAGACACGUAGACCCAAACCCCAAUGACCAUGUUGAACAUGGCUAAGCAGCUGCCGGACUGCUGGACUGCAUUGUAAAGUUGAUAUUAAUUGUUAAGCCCUCACACCGAUUUCGCACACAUAUGUUUGUCUUAUGAGUGCCUAGUACCUGUAUCUAAAUGUUAUGCAUCCUUAUACACAUAUAAACAGCUAUACCUAUAUAUGUAUAUUUUGUAUCUUAAGUAAU